AUGGGGAAGCAGAAGCAACAACCCAUUUCCCGCUUCUUUGCCCCGAAGACCACUGAAAACUCGACGAGCACGCGGGCGCCGGAUAAAUCCAGGGAGCAGGUAAUUUCCCGAUUUUUUGCUCCGACAGGGACGGAACUCCCACAGAGACCCCAUCCUUCUACACCGCCCAAAGUCUCGGCCACAGUCUCCUUCUCCCCUAUCUCCAAGCGAGCCCGGCAGCAGAAGUUGGAGCAUGCCGAGUCCCUAACCUCGUUUCUCAGGAAGAAGCAUAAGUCGGUACCAGCGAGUGCUCCACAAGCGCCAGUCAUCCCCCCUUCCGAUGCUUCUCUCCAUCAGAGGUUCGUUCGCAAGCUUCUGGAAUCUCCUGAGCAUUCCUCUGCCUCCUCUUCUUCUAGAAAGCGUCCCUCUGAGAACCCGAAGUACACUCCUCUGGAGCAGCAAGUCGUCGAACUCAAGGCAAGGUAUCCCGACGUCCUCUUGAUGGUAGAGGUCGGGUACCGAUAUAGGUUUUUUGGAGAGGACGCCGAGACCGCUGCGAAGGUACUGGGCAUCAUCUCCCACGUGGACCACAAUUUCCUCACUGCAAGCAUUCCGACGUUUCGGCUGAACUUUCAUCUCCGGCGGUUGGUCAGUGCCGGGCACAAGGUUGGGGUUGUGAAGCAGCAGGAGACGGCUGUUAUCAAGGCGCAUGGCUCGAACCGCUUGGCGCCUUUCUCGAGGGGAUUGUCAGCUCUCUACACAAAGUCAACCAUUGAGGCUGCGGAGGAUACCGGAGGGCAUGAGGAAGGACUGACUGGAUCAAAUAGCAACUACUUGUUCUGUGUUGUGGAGAGGUCCAUCUCGAUUGACAAAGUAUUUAGUGUCGAAGGGAGUUUCGACGUGAGGAUUGGAAUAGUGGCAGUAGAGAUAUCAACAGGGGAUGUUAUACAUGGGGAGUUCAAUGAUAACGUCAUGAGGUCAGGGCUUGAGGCUGUUCUCUUGAGUGUGUCUCCUGUUGAGCUUCUUUUGGGUGAACCCAUUUCUGCACCCACUGAGAAGGUUGUUUUGCUUCUGCUACUUCUUUCAUACUGUUAAAGUUAGAUUGCACCAGCCAAUCUUCUAACCGGAUAAUAAAUAAUAAUUAUUCUCGCUGUAUACAAACAAACUACAUUUGGGAAAGGAGGUCGAAACUUAAAGCAAAAGCUAUAUUAUAUUUGAAAGGCUAUACCAAACUCUGAAGGCAUUUUCAUAGUAGGUGUCUGCAUAUUGAAUCCAGAUUUGUACUUAUCCUUUGUUUGGUUCCUUCAUACUUGUUCUUUUGACGUGCUUUAUGGUAAAUUUUGACGUCCUGAAUUUUGUAUUUUUAGCUGUUACUGGGAUACUCUGGAACUGCAUCUGAAGUUCGGGUUGAACGCACUUCUCGGGAUUGCUUUAAUGAUGGAGGUGCACUUGCUGAGGUGAUGUGUUUGUAUGAGAAUAAAGUUGACAGUGUAUCUGUUGAUAACCGUCAAGAGGAGGCCGUGGAUGGUAAGCGAGAGACGAACCAUCAUCUUGGAGUUGAGGUAGAUAAUCAGUUUUGCCUCAGAAACUUGGCACGGUUGCUGUUUUCCUUUGUAACAGAAUUGUUCUAGGCAUUUAAAAGGAAUCUCUUACUUGAAGUUGUUUUUUCUUCUCAACUGGUUCCUGAUAUAGGGACCUAGACUCGAGUUUUCAUGCUGGAAGUCUGAGGGAAAUUCUUUGUGCCUUCACAGGGAAUUAUUGCAAUGUCUGAACUGGCUGUUCAAGCAUUGGCACUGACCAUUCGUUACCUCAAGCGGUUUGGAUUUGAAAGAAUGGUACAUUUGGGUGCUUCAUUUCGGCCUUUAUGUAGCAACUUCGAAAUGAGUCUGUCAGCAAACACUCUAUGUCAGUUAGAGGUAAUAUGAUGAAUGCUUUCGUUUUCCUAGGAAGCAUCUAUCCCAUGGGCGUAUUGAUUCAUAACUUUAUUGAGGGAUAAAUGUGAGAAAUGCUUUUAAUGGAGAUGCAACAUUUAACAUUGGCAUUGUUUAGUCCUAUAUUCUACACCCUUUUAUGAAAUGAGGUUGAAAUUGUCUUUCGUAAUAUUUUGUGUUUCGUAAGAAAUGUUGUUGGUUCUCUGAUGUGAUUGUAAUAAUUGGUUAUCUUUAUCAAGAAGAAACAAUUAUAUUACUGAUGUUGUCUCCUAAUGAUUGUGAUUUGAAGGUUUUGAAGAAUAAAUCUGAUGGCUCAAUCGAAGGAACCUUACUCAAUGCAAUGAAUCAUACACAUACUUCAUUUGGUCUAAGACUUCUUAAACAUUGGGUGAGUGUGUGCAGAGCCUUAACGCCCCCCCCUUGUUUUCCUCAAUUCAGUUUGUUAAAUUUUGCUUCAUUUCCUUAUUUGAUGUGUGUAAACAUAUCGUUUGGUUGACAUGUGCGGUGCUGGUGGUAUAUCUGUGUCUAUAUCUUGGUUAAACAUGCCCAUUUGCACUCUGAGCACACUUAGAUACAGACACAUGGAUAUAAUAUACUUAUAUUGGUUCAACAUGCCCAUCUCCACUUUUAGCACACUUAGAUACAGACACAUGGAUAUAAUAUACUUAUAUUGGUUCAACAUGCGCAUCUCCACUUUAAGAAUUCAUAUUAAAUUUAAUGUUAGAAGUUUAAGAACCUAUUUUGGAACUGUAUUAAGGUAGAUUUUGGGCCUUUUUUCUUUUAUUUUCCUGAAACUGGUAUACCAGUUGAUGGUACGAUAUCAAUGUUGAAUAGCUAUUUAUAAAAUUUAAUUUUUAGACGUAUCGAUUACUUAAUCUUGGCGAGUGUUCAAUUUGAGACUUCUGUAAACGUCCGUGCAGUUGACUGUAAUUGGAUGUAUUCCCAGCAUAAUCGUUGUUAAAUUGAUGACAUUGAGCAAAAUUACCAUUCCACUUAGUAUUAGCUUGGCUACUUGAAUUUCUAAAAGUCGAUGUGACCCCAACACCAAUUUUCUCAGUCACAUGCUUCCGUGGUGUAGACAUAAUUUCCAGUCCGUGAUCGUGACUGCAAAGCAAACUAUGAUGACGGCAGACCACUGUUUCCAGGAUUUUUCGCAACUCUCUUCAAAAACCUGGUGUCUUUUUUUCGUUGAUGUCAAUAAAAAGUCAGCCUAAUCUCUCCGCUGAAUGCAUAAAAGCAAAAAAAUUGUUGCUUAAUUGCUCUGAUGUCAGAGAUCCACCUUUGGAUCCAUUCCCCAUCCCCACUCUAUCAUGUUUUACUCUCGUCGUUUUCCCGCAUCAGCGACAUAUCUUGGUCCUUUGUAUUUAAAUACCCAAGACCCCUCAAAGUUCUAAAGGUAUACUACCAAGACAUGGAUACUCACUGGAAAGGUUAAAAGUUUUCACAACUUUGAUACUAAGUACAUGUUAUUUUUUCCGUGUUAAAGCUGUAGAUUUGACGUGGUUUUGGUAUACAUUUCCAUGUUAGAUAUUUUUCAUGGAUCUUGUGAGAAAUCCUGGCUAUUGUAUUCUUCUAGUUUUCUAUUAUCAUUUCACAUGAGUUCUUUAACCUCUUUUCAGGUUUCACAUCCUCUAUGUGAUAGGAACUCCAUAUUAGCUCGUCUUGAUGCAGUUUCUGAGAUUGCAGAUUCAAUGGGCUUAUUCUCGGUUUCAGAGUCAGUACCUGAGAUAAAUGAAGAGGUUCCAUCUGGCACAAUUAGCAAGCCCAAAAUCGGUCACCUGCUUUCAUAUGUUUUAACAACACUAGGGAGGUUGCCUGAUCUUCAGCGCGGGAUUACUAGAAUUUUCUACAGAACAGCCACGUCGGCUGAGGUAAAAACGAUUGAUUAUCCCUGGACAUGGAUGGCAUUGUUAUCGCUCAUAUUUAUUCUCUUCCAUUUUAUAAUCGUGUGCAUGAUUUUGGAUGAUUAUUUGAGAACAGGAUAUCCAAAAGCUUAUUUGAUUACGCAAUUUUUUUUUCUCUCCGCAUUAGCUUAAUUACGUAACCUCUUUGGUAGGACCUUAACUAUGAUGCUGUUGAAUUGUUGUUCAACAUUUUGUGUUGCGAAAGAAAGCUCAUAGUGUUCAAUGCAUUUUUUCAUUUUAAUCUUACGAAUGCAGGUUGUGGGCCUGAUUAGCGUCUCCUCUUUUGAAAGUGGAUUGGCACCGAUUUGCUAACAAAAUAGCUUAUCAAGAUGUGUUUACAAGUAUGAGUUUGCUGCUAAAUUUUUUGCUGCACAAUAAACCCAGCGUCUGGAACACACCUUUGCUUAGGUUUUUGUCUCGUAAUUUUGAUUAAGUAAAUUAUCAUACCUUGUAAAAAGGAGGAAAGUAAAAUGCAUAAAUAGCCAUUCGAUUUGAGACAAUACUCUUGUAAACAUUUUAGAAAGACGAAGAAACAAAACUUAGAUUAGGAGCAUAGCACUGAAGUAUCCUGGGUUAAAAAAGUGCUUCCUUCGUUCUGAUUAGAGCAAAAAAUGUCCUUCAAAUAUCAGCUGCAUUGGCUGUCUGAGUACUAUCCCCUUGAGAAAGUUACUUGGCUAUUUCCUUUAGAAGUAGAUACAAAAUGGUGCCGAUGGCAAGGAAAACAACCUUUUACCUCUGGUUCUUCUAAUUCCUGGUGGCAGUGCUCCCAUGAUUGGCUGGAUCGACCUAUGCACCCACCCAAUCUGGUUUUAGGUUCUAUCCCCUUCACCCUGUUUUCUCCUCCUUCGUUCUUCUUAUUCAUCCUCCCUGGAAGGUCUCUCCUUUCUGUUUUUUUUGUUGGAUUGGGAGAGGAGUAGUUUCUCCGUUAAGAUUGGAUUGGCACUUGCCUAUUCCACAAACCUCAGUUUUUACGAAACAAGUGCAAAAGAUGGCUUCUCUAGGAACAGGGACAACAAUGGAAUUUUAUUAAUUUUAUUCCAUAUGGUAGCAGAAUUUGUAUCCCUAUAUAGAGUCACUGCAUGGAUUCAGGUGGUGCCUACUUCCCUGGUGCACACUCUGAAUUUAAAGGGGCAAAACAUUAAUGCCAACUGUCUAUGACCAGUUUAUCAGCAGCCUUAAUUAGAGCUACAGGUUUACUUGGAAGUUCACAUGGGUAUUAAUAGGCACUACUGACUUGUGAAUUUUAACCGCUCAUGCUACAGUUCAUUACGGUCAUGCAUACUAUAUUACUCGUUGGGAAGCAACUUCAACGACUUCACUUGGAUGAUGACAGAAGCAACAUGGAAACGAAUGAGAAGAUUGUUCGUUCUGGGUUACUUAGAAGAUUGAUUAUGACCGCCUCAUCAUCAUCUGUAAUUUCACAUUCUGCAAAGCUUGUCUCUUGUCUGAACAAGGAUGCUGCGGAUCAAGGGGAUAUGUUGCAUUUAUUCAACCUUUCCCAAAGUGAAUUUCCAGAUGUAUGACCUAUUACGACUCUCUAUUUUAUGAAUUCAUCAUGUUUGUGAUAACCCCUUUUGCUCUUAAACCAGGUUUUGGCGAGCCUUACAGCUUGCCGCUUAGCAGAAGAAAGGUUGGAUUUAUUGAUUAUUCAGUACCGGAAGAAGCUGGGAAUACGCAACUUAGAAUUUGCAACUGUGUCUGGAACUACACACCUAAUUGAAGUUAGUUCACUGCAGUUCUCUAGUUUUUCUUCUAUUUCUUUGUACGCGACUGUCAAUCCUCUCUAUACUGUGGAGGAUUUUUACUUCAUUGAUGGAUAACCAUGCAUUGCCUAUUGUCCUAACUAAAUUACAUUUCAUAUGUACCUACCGGAUGUGCUGAGAGAUGUUGACAAGUUAGUUUUUCGUUUUGCAUCACGAAGAUGAUCUGGUUCAAUACUGACUCCCUUUGUUCUCUGAUACCCAUCAAUUUGAUGCAUGCAUUUCUAGAUCUUUCACACGCUUUUGUGUGACCAUGUGAAUUUCAUUUUAUUUUCUGUUAUGGUCCUGACCUGAUCUUUUGUUUAGUCCCAUGCGUUGCAUGCCAGUUAGUUUCCCCAGCUGAAUAAUCGAGGCUCAUGGAGAAUGUAUUAUCAGGGUGGACCACCCUUUAGACAUUUGAAAAUGAUGUGUCCCCAACCCUCUCAACGUGAAAGGAGGAUACUUGGACUUCGCUACCAGAACCAAAGUACAAUGAAUCAGUUCAGGAUACCAAUGUGUAACGUAAUUUAUCUCCCCCCACGUUUGGUUGCAUCUUCUCUGUCGGAUUAUCUCUAGUCGGAUUCUGUGUGCUAAAUGAAACUAAACGCGUAGUCCAUCGGACUGUCCUCCCUAAUAUUCAUGUUCGUCACCAUUUCACUAGGAGAGCAUGUAUUACUAGUCCAUCCUAUAUUCUCUAUUAUUAUUAUUUUUUGUAUAUGAAUCUCUUGUGAAAUCCACUAUACAUUUGUCCUUUUAUUUCUUGUCAUGCUCAUCUUCCCUUGAUUUUUUCUUGACCUUAAAAUUGGAGAUCUCCCCCAGACAAUGGAUGAGGCAAAUUUUGUAUUUUUCAGGAAAAUCAGUUACAUUCUAUCUUUAUAGAAAUCGUAAAAAUCCAUUGAUAAUGAACGUUUAUUGUAAGAAGAUUCUCUUACCGGAACAUGAAUCUGGUUAGUCAUGGUAUAGAAUGAACCAUACAAAUUGACUACAUGCUCUGAGUGACAAUCAAUGCCGCUAUAUGUUCUUCUAAUUGCGAUUUAACUGAGUCUGAAUGCUGUCACAGUUGCCUUCAGAAAAGAAAGUGCCCUCUGAUUGGGUCAAAAUCAGCAGCACCAAGAAAGUAAAUAGAUAUCAUCCUCCAGAAGUGUUGAAACUCUUGGAUGAAUUGUUGCUUGCAAAGGAAGAGUUUGCAGUUACCUGCAAAGCUGCCUGGAACCAUUUCUUGACAGGAUUUGGUAGAUAUUAUGCCGAAUUUCAAGCUGCUGUCCAAGCUCUGGCUGCUUUGGAUUGUCUUUAUUCUCUGGCUUUUCUUGCUAGAAAACAGGUAAGGUGACCAAUCUGGGUUUUUCUUGCUAAAUCUUUGUCGUGUCUAAUGUCAAUUGGGAAAAAAACGUGUCAUUGAUAAAUUAAAAAAUGAGUCAUUCGUUGUAUAAUUUUAUUGUACUUGUGCCUAUGCAGAACUUUGUCCGGCCAGUUUUUGUUGAUGAUGAUGAGCCAAGUCAAAUAAAUAUUCAGUCUGGUCGUCACCCGGUAUGAUAAUAUUUAACCUGAAAAAUUUUAUAUGGUCUAUAGUCUUUGAUUUCAUGGGAUGGCCACUGAGAUUUUGUUUUCAAUCUUUACCACGAUGGAUUACAUUUUCCUUUAAAAAUGUCUCGUGAAUAGUUCUGGUUUUAUUUUUCAUCAGAUGGAGCUUAUCCAAUCUUUUCGUGGACUGAUCUGUCUUGUUAGUUUCCUGACCAAGGACGUACAUUGUGGGAAUUCAAAUUCCUGCUCCGUCUUAGAAAACUUGGCUGAUUUCGUGGUGAAAUAUAUGUCUAAAUAACUUUUCAUUUCACCUGUUAUAAAGAUAUUUAGUGCUUCACAAAAUGGGACCUCAGUUAAGCUUGAGAAUCUUGACCCGCUUCUGCCUUUUAAUUUCUUCUUGGAUCAUAGGUAAGUUGAGCAAAUAAAUACUAGAUUUGAAACGCAGAAGGAAAUGACGGAUGGAUGAGAUCUGUUUUUAGGAGAUGUGUGAGAGGAAGAAAGAAUUUGAUGUUUCAUGUUGUUGUGCAUCUGUGUUUCUUGAACAUACCCAAUUAUAUGAAAAAUAAUAGUAACAGAGAAGAAAACAAGACUAGCCAUGCACGUUGGAUCAUUAUAGUGACACCUGGGAGGGAACCAACACCGGGCUUUCAGGCUUUUUUGAUUGCCAUGGAUCAUAAUUGAAGUUCGAUCACUAAGUUUCUCUAGUAGAAAACACAUGAGUUUGACCUUCCCAGCGCUAUUAUAAACAAGCUAUACUAGUUAGUUGCAUUCAUUGAAAAUUUUUCUGUUAAAAUGACAAUUCCAGUAAGCGGAUAUUCUUCUGGAAUUGAUUUCAUGCUACUUCCGAUUGUCUAUCAUCAAAAGUUAUGGUUUUUUUAACAGAAGUGUACCACAAUUCUCCUCCCCGAAUGGAUAAAGAAGAAAGAAAGAAGGGUAUGAUUGUGCUGAUUUGGGCUCUUCUAGGGCCUCAUUAAUGUAUCACUCACAUCUUUUUCUGUUCAGAGAUUUUCAUUGUCUUAGCUUUUUUAAAAAUCACUUGUGGGGAAACUGUCAGGGGGGAGAUCCUUAUCACUUUCUUUGUCAUGUAAAGCAAAAAAUAUUCAGGUUACAAUGCUAUCAGGAGGUUGUCACACGGUUUUCUCUUUGGAGUUUUGGAAAUAUCAUCCAGUGUUUGCCACUUUUAAUGAUUAAUUGUUCUAUGCAGGUUCUUGAAGCAAUAUUAGGGGAGAAUUUUGUCCCGAAUGACACAAAUUUACAUGCAGCUGGUGAAUUUUGUCAAAUUGUAACGGGACCAAACAUGGGUGGCAAAAGCUGUUACAUUCGUCAAGUUGCACUCAUAUCUAUCAUGGCUCAGGUACAUUGUGGUAUUCAUCAUAAAAAAAAACUCAUAAUUGGGUUGUUUAACGGAAGAAAUCUCACGGAUCUGCGUUCCUAUUUAUGCAAGCGAGUUGUUGAUUUAGGAAAAAAGAAAUUUGUUUACAGCAUUUUCUUUCCAAGCUAUAUUUCAGCAUUUAAGUUUUAGCUCGAAAGUUAUGCAUAUACAUUGCUUUUUCUGUGAAUGAAGUUUAUGGAAGUUUCCAUUUUUUUUCCUGUGACAUAUGAUGUAGUUAGUGCCAAUGAUGUCUUUCUGCCAAAGGAUGGUUUCUAGUUAACAAUAUUUUCCUUAUUAAAAGUUCAUUGCACUGUUAUUUCAGAUGGUUUUUUUCUCCCCUUUCGGAUGCACUGUGAAUCUACCGUAAAUUUAUGAUUAGUUCAUCCCGUUCUUGUAAGCUUACAUGUUCGAACUCCAAGCUCCUUGGUUAAGCCUGUUCCCUUUUGAACAUUUGCAUUUUAACGUGCUUUUGAAGCGAGGUAGAAUGGACCCUGUGCUGUAUUCACUGUCAGUUUUAUGGAGUUGGUCAUUUUAUUUAUCCUACUAGUUUGGUGGCGUUAUUCUCCAAGAAUUCUGAAAGGGUUUUUAAUCACCAGUUCUGUCUUAGCCUCCAUUAAUGCUUUCCUUUUGAAGCUGAAAAUUUUCUCCGAUAGCCUUAUGAAACUCACCGAUUUCUCUAGGUCGGUUCAUUUCUGCCUGCAUCAUCUGCAAAAUUCCACGUGCUAGAUGGCAUUUACACUCGUAUGGGAGCGUCGGAUAGCAUUCUGCAGGGAAGAAGCACCUUUCUUGAGGAACUCAGUGAAACCUCUCAAAUACUUCUUGGUUGUUCAUCCCGUUCACUGGUGAUCAUUGAUGAACUCGGCCGAGGAACAAGCACGCACGAUGGCUUUGCCAUAGCAUAUGCAACUUUGCAUCAUCUUCUUGAGCAGAAGAAAUGCAUGAUUCUCUUUGUUACACACUACCCAAAAAUGAAGGACAUCCGACGGGAGUUUGUCACAUCUGUAGGAACGUACCGUGUCUCUUAUCUGACAAAUCAGAAAAUUUUACCUGUCGGGAAUGCCGUAUCAAGUACAAGUGAUUCAGAACAAGAGUCCCUUGACAUAACUUUCCUUUAUAAAGUCAUUUGUGGUGCAUCAGACAAGAGCUUUGGUCUUAAUGUCGCUCGACUCGCGCAGGUGAUCUCCAAUUCGAGUGUAUUUUAUUUUCUUGGUUGUCUUAUUUUAGCUCGAUUUGUGACUUUGAUAUCAGUCAGUGGGAGAAAAUUAAUGACGACAGGUUAAACUGAUGCAAUAACUAAACAGGCUGACUGACUUACUAUUUCCUGUUUUGUUCGCUGGUGGAUAGAGUAGUAAAUGGCACUUCUCUGCUUAAUGACACAUUCAUCCCUCUUUCGUUGAAAAAAACUGGUGAAAUCCGCAUUAUCUUUCGAUUUAUUCUCCCAAGGAGACAUGUAUAUAUUUUUAUAUAUAUCUCCGAUUAUGAAGCACGGAGAUAUCAAGAGACUAGAUCAAUAUCUGCUUUCGAGUAAUGUCAAUCCGGGUUGGGGACAAUUGGGAAGCUUUGAUAGUUGAGGGAUCUCAUCUGGUGCAGUUUCUAUCAUAUUCUCCGACAUUUUCUGAACCCUCAUCGUCCCCUUUUUGAAGUCUCCGCAUUCACUUGUCUGAUAAUGCGCUAUUGAAAGCCUUGGUCUUGGCCGAGGAAUGCUUGGGCUUUCCAUUUUGGGGCAUCCCAAAGAGGUCGCCGUGCAUCUCCUAGUUGCGGUAGUGCUAGGACGCCCCGGUGUCAGCUUUUUUACGGACUUUGACAUAUUCGCAUCAAAAUAUAUGUUUACCGAUUUAGCAUGCAUCUUUGGGCCGUGUUGUUAUUUACUAAUAUUAGGAAGACAUCCUCAGACCCGAUACAGGAACAGAAAUAGCACAGUGUGACUUGGAAUUGGUAUUCUCCUUCUUUGACACCAUGGAAAACUGAAAGUCAUACAUCGUAUGCUGCUUACCCACUUUUGCCAUCUUUUUUUUUUUUUUUUAAAGAAUGUGAUUGAGUGAUUUUCCUCUGCAGCUGCCAUCCUCCUGCCUCGAACGAGCAUUGGCUAUGGCGACAAAGUUGGAGCUGAGUCUGAACUCAAGGGUGGGGAGCCAACUCAGAGGAGAAGUGGAGAGCACCAGCCAGAAUGAAGAGGAUUUCAGAAGAAUUGAAAUCACUCUCCGCAGGUUCUUUCACCAUCUGCAGUCUGCACCAGGUGAUGCCAGUUCCUGGAAGGUUGCCAGAGAGCUUGCAUUAGCUGGUAAGAAUCCAUGCAUUCCCAUCUCAAAUUACCCCAUCAGGCUGCCUGUUCUCCCUUCAUCUGAGGGUCUCUUUCUAAUCCCAGUACGUGUUAAUCCGGCAUUAACUAUGAUCACAAAAUAUUAUGACGAUUUCCAAAUGUUUGAUGCGUCGAUAAUCAUCCGCGUUUCUGUGAGUUGCAUCGCAUCGCAAUGUGCUGACAGUUCCUUGUGA